UCGAACUAUUAUUUAUUUGGAACACAGUUGUUUCGAAAUCAAACAAACCCUCAUUCUCGAUUUUCGACUAUAAAAGAUCAAAUUUCGAUCAGAAAAAAUCAGAAGUAGUCAAGAUGUUGCGCCUUAUCGUUGCCUUGAGUGUUGUUUGCCUAGUAGCCGGUUUAGAUUCCGCCGAAAAUCUAAACAACACUGACCGUGUUGUCAAUGGCAGAGGUGCUACUGCUCUAGAAUUUCCAUACCAAGUAUCGAUCGAGCAAGAUGGCAAUCAUUUCUGUGGAGGCAGUAUUGUAAAUCCUUCCUUCAUUCUGACAGCUGCUCAUUGCUUAUACGAUCUCGUCGGAACAAAUACACUUCAUAAAGUGGCCGUUCGUGCUGGUACUUCUACACGUCAAUCAGGUGGUAUUAUGAAGAGAGCUGAAUUCGCCGCAGUCCAUCCUCAAUAUCAACCAAGGACAUUUAUUUGCGAUGUGGCGGUGCUCAAAAUAUUGGGACAAUUUAUUUAUAGUGCUGUUAUUAAACCUGUCGAAUUGGCCAUAUUGUCUUAUCCUACUGGAAUUAGUGUAACACUGAGUGGAUGGGGCAAGACUCACGAUAAGAUCACAGAACUUCCAUAUCAGAUGCAAUCGGUAGAACUUUCACUUUUCUCAACUUCAGAUUGUUCUUCUCCAAGAUUCAUGUAUGGAAAUGAUGUUAGAGGACCAAUGUUAUGUGCAGCUGGACAUGGAACUGGUUCAUGCCAAGGAGAUUCUGGUGGCCCACUUGUUGUUUCUGGUACCAAUACACAGGUCGGAAUUGUAUCGUUUGGAAAGGAAUGCGCACAUCCUGGCUACCCUGGAGUUUAUACCAAAGUUUCCGAUCCCGCUAUAAUGGGUUUCAUUCGGACUUAUGUUAAAUAA